AUGACUACUGUAUUUGGUUCCAACGUGGAGGGUUUGUCCCAUAAGAGACGGUAUUCACAGAAUGGUGAACAGGCGAAAGUUGCUGGAGAUAAAAAGACGCGUUUAGGAGAAAGUAGUGAUAAUGCAAAUGGAAAUGGGACAUACGCAUCCGCUGAUAACGUUUUGCAAGUACCUUCUAAGGGUGAUGAAUUACAAGAUGUGAGUGUUGGUUCUCAUGCACAUGAUACUGAUGUAUUAGCACCGGUGGCCCCACAGAAACAGAUCAGUAUUGGUAAAGACAGACAUACGAACAAGUAUGUUUUCCCACAUAUAUCAAGAGAUGAUUUAGUAAACGCACGCAAAUUUUUAAAAUACUAUGGAUUGAGGAAAUUUUUGGAUAGCUAUUUACCGGAGGAAUUAAAUUCGUUAUACAUUUAUUUUUUGAUUAAAUUAUUAGGCUUUGAAAUAAAGGAUAGAGAGAUGGUGAAUGCAAUUUACAAACAUGUGGAAUUACCAGAACCAAGUGCACCACCAAGAAAAGACUUGAUCUACAAUGAUUUUGAGGAUCCUUUAGAGAAAAGACACGCUGUGCGUUUGAUCAAAGAUUUACAAAAGGCAAUUAACAAAGUUCUUUGUACAAGAUUAAGAUUAUCAAACUUUACAACUCCAGAUGCAUUUGUCGAAAGGUUGCAAAGUGCCAAAAGUAUCUUAGUUUUAACAGGAGCAGGUGUUUCUACGUCACUCGGUAUCCCAGAUUUCCGUUCUUCAGAAGGUUUUUAUUCCAAAAUUCGUCAUUUAGGCCUUGAAGAUCCACAGGACGUUUUCAAUUAUGAUAUCUUCAUGCAGGAUCCUUCUGUUUUCUAUAACAUUGCACAUUUGGUCUUACCACCAGAAAACAUUUAUUCACCGUUGCAUGGAUUUAUAAAGAUGUUACAAGAUAAGGGUAAGCUUUUGAGAAAUUAUACUCAAAACAUUGAUAAUUUAGAAUCCUAUGCUGGUAUCGAUCCCGAAAAGGUGGUUCAAUGCCAUGGUUCAUUCGCAACAGCAUCAUGCACAACAUGUCAUUGGAAAUUGCCAGGUGAUAAGAUCUUCGAAAACAUUAGAAGAUUGGAAUUACCACUUUGCCCCUACUGUUAUAUGAAGAGAAAGGAAUUUUUCCCCAAUGAUUCAGUAAUACCAUCUGGUGGUAAUGGUGGUUCAGAAGAUAUUUCCGCCGGUUUAAACACACCAUUAAAAUCACAUGGUGUUCUAAAGCCUGAUAUUACUUUCUUUGGUGAAGCAUUACCAUCUAAGUUUCACAAAACUAUUCGUGAAGACAUUUUGAAGUGUGAUCUUUUGGUCUGUAUUGGUACAAGUUUAAAAGUGGCUCCCGUUUCUGAAAUUGUAAAUAUGGUACCUUCUCACGUCCCACAAAUUUUAAUCAAUAGAGACCCAGUAAAGCAUGCGGAAUUCGAUCUAAACCUUUUGGGUUACUGCGAUGAUGUAGCUACUUUGAUAGCUCAAAAAUGUUCAUGGGAUAUUCCUCAUGAGAGAUGGAAUACGUUAAAGAAUAAAAAAUUCAACUGUAUAGAAAGUGACAGAGGUGUUUAUUCAAUAACGCCUAAAGAAGAUUAG